GUAUUCACACUCUCCUCUCCUCUUCUCUCGCCUGUCUUCAUAUCCUCAAACAGGCCACCAACAAAAAAAAAUGGACCCAGAUGGAAGUGGACAUGGCGACAGCAAUCUCCCACCAGGUUUCCACUUCUUUCCCUCAGACGAAGAGCUCGUCGUCCACUUCCUCCGCCGCAAGGCCACUUCUCCUCUCCUCCCUAACACCAUCCCUACUCUUCAUCUCCGACAGUGCGAUCCAUGGAACCUCAUAGCAGGUCCAGCUCUCGAAGGAGGCCACAAGUUUUGGUACUUCUUCGCCGCUCGGCCGGAUCAUGGCAGCACGACUAGGGCUACUGCUAGCGGUUACUGGGAAACCGUCGCCAGCGUGGAUGAGAUCAUAAGCACUGCCGGUGACGACGUCGGUGUCAAGAAGACACUUAAGUACUACCUCGGACAACUCUCCGGCGGCGGCGAAGGCGGCGUCAGAACUAAUUGGGUGAUGCACGAGUACCAUUUGCUGGACUCGGUUCUCUCCGAUCGCCAUCGCCAUGGAGCUUGCUCGAGGAAGAGAAGGCAGUCGGAGUUGAACCAAUGGGUUUUAUGUCGUGUUCAUGAAUCAUCGACAAGCGGUGGGUCGCAUGGCGAAGACUCGAAAGAGCUAUCGUGCCUCGACGAGGUGUUUCUGGCACUAGAUGAUGAUCUCGACGAAGUGAGCUUUGGAAUAUAAUUAAUGGUGGAUUAAUUCUAACCUAUAAGCUAAGAUAAGCAAAUUUGUAUAUUAUCAGGGAGAUGUAUUACCGUGACUGUAAUCUUAGUUUGUAUU